AAAAAAUACAAACGGGCGUCAUGGGAUGAGGGCGGGACAUUGGAGCUGUUUCCGGAGUCCCUUCCCUGGCCUGGGAUAGAAAGAAGAGGGGGGAAAUACGUCUGUUUAUUUACAUUUCAUAAAUUACACACAGGUUCAGGCGACCAGCAGCAGUGACCAUGUCUCAGUCUGCAGAGAAAGGGAAGUUCCCCGAGGCGGCAGGAUAUGUGGGUUUUGCCAACCUGCCCAACCAGGUGCACAGGAAGUCAGUGAAGAAGGGAUUUGAGUUCACCCUCAUGGUCGUUGGAGAGUCUGGUUUGGGCAAGUCUACGCUGAUCAACAGCCUGUUUUUGACAGACCUCUACCCAGAGCGAUACAUCCCUGGGGCUGCAGAGAAGAUUGAGCGGACGGUGCAGAUAGAAGCCAGUACGGUGGAGAUUGAGGAGAGGGGCGUGAAGCUCCGCCUUACUGUGGUCGACACCCCCGGAUACGGAGAUGCUAUCAACAGCCAGGACUGCUUUAAGACCAUCAUCCAGUACAUUGAUAACCAGUUUGAGCGUUACCUUCAUGAUGAGAGUGGCCUGAACCGCAGACACAUCGUAGACAACAGAGUCCACUGCUGCUUCUACUUCAUCUCUCCUUUUGGACACGGUCUGAAGCCUCUGGAUGUGGAGUUUAUGAAGGCCAUUCACAGCAAGGUCAACAUCGUCCCUGUCAUCGCUAAGGCUGACACACUCACACUGAAAGAGAGAGACCGCCUUAAAAGGAGGAUCCUGGAUGAGAUUGCAGAGCAUGGCAUCAGGAUCUACCAGCUACCAGACGCUGACUCAGAUGAGGAUGAGGAGUUCAAGGAGCAGACACGAGUACUGAAGGCGAGCAUUCCGUUUGCUGUGAUUGGUUCGAACCAGCUGAUUGAGGUGAAAGGGAAGAAAAUCAGAGGUCGUCUCUACCCCUGGGGGGUCGUGGAGGUGGAGAACCCAGAGCACAACGACUUCCUCAAACUACGCACCAUGCUUGUCACCCACAUGCAGGACCUCCAGGAGGUCACGCAGGACCUGCACUACGAGAACUUUCGCUCAGAGAGACUGAAGAGAGCUGGCAGGUCAGUCUGCAGUGUUAUAUAUACACACACACACACACACACACACACACACAUGCUGAAGCUAUUACAUUUAUGUUCCGUAUUAUUCCCCUACAGAGCUGUGGAAGAGGAUGUGGUUGACAAAGACCAGAUUCUCCUGCAGAAGGAGGCUGAGCUGAGGCGUAUGCAGGAGAUGAUUACCCAGAUGCAGGCACAGAUGAAGAUGAAGGGAGAUGAGUGAAAAGAGAAGGAUCGGGGAGGGAGAAGAGAGGAGCCCCUCACCCAUCAAACCCUCUGUGCGUCUGAAACUCCAUCAUGGUUGUACUGCUGGGCGCACUCAUCACCGCCUAUCCCUCAGUGUGUCAGUCGAACAAUCAAUUAACCAAUCAACCAAUUAAAGGUCCUCAAUAACCUCAUUUUAAUUUGGAAGUCUUCAAUAUGGCCCCUAGUUCACCGUGGUACUGAGAUCCACUGAUCUGCUAGUCUGAGUGUUCUUUUGGAAAGCGUUACUGACGUUAUGACAUGAGGUAUGUUUGUCAGGAGUGUUAUAACAUGACAUAAUAAAGGAUAUGGGUUAUGAUAUAUGAUAAGACAUAUUGUAAAGACAAUGAUUGCAUGUUCUCCCAAUGAGUGACUAAUGAUGUUCAUUUGUUUUCAUCAGUACUACUAAUUCUGUCUCAUGUACAAUGCAGAUCUUCCAUUGAUAAUGGUACUAAUACAUCUCAUUGUUAGACAACAAUCAGACUUCAGUGUUUACAGAAUGUUAAGGGAAUGUGUUGAGUAUAUUAAGGGAAGGUUUGUUGAGAACUGGGUGUUUUUGUGCCAUUUGCAACCUCUGUCUUCACAUUUGGACUCAGCCGAGGACAUAUCAGUCCAGGUGCUGUAAUAAGUGUCCCUCAGGUGGCACUGUAGUCUGUUCUAUAAGCACAAUACUUGGAAAUAACUAUAAAAGUAAUAUAGAUAGACUUGUUUGGAAAUAUCCCACAUAUUCAAAAUGUUGAUUUUUGAACCUUAUCACAUUUGGUCUAUAUUUUGAAAUAUUUACAAAACUUUGUGUCUCUGUUGUAUUGGAUGGAGACCGUUUGUCUUGGGCUCAAGUGUUUUCAAACUAUGCACAACCAUGUCAUGUCUUAAUUUGGUUAAUAUGCCUUUUGUAUCUCCUAAGACGUGCACUUCAAAACCUUUCAGCAACGUUUGUCUUUAUUACUUCCAUUACAUCAUGAGCAGUUAUAGCAUUGAUAUGUGGGUUUUUUCUUUGGUUGUGUUUUUGUUUGGGAUUUUCCUAAAGGGGUUGUUCAAUGAUUUACUGUAUGCACAUUACUCUUCUCCUAUUGGCCAGCUCCAUGGAACUUACAGUAUUAAACUGAAUUCCUAACGAUAUUCUGAUUCACCAUGUGCAUGUCCCAAAUGGAACCCAAUUCUUAUAUGGUGCACUACUUUUGACCAGAGCCUAACCAGACCCCGGUCAAAAGUAGUGCACUAUAUAGGGAAUAGUGUACCAUUUGGGACACUACCCAUGUCUGUCUGUGUCUGUGCCAUCCCACUUUCUAGACUACUGACUGUCUUAUACAGUGAACACCUCUCUCUAUGUUCAGAAAUGUGUUGUUUGUGUUUAGGAGUGCUAUCGUCAGUUGCUUUGGCAUCGUCUCUGUAACCUGGCUCUUUCUGCUUAGCUGGUCAGCAGGUUUGUCUGUUUUGAAGCUUUGAGCCAUUAACCAAACUAUGCUUGAGACCUUUUUUAGUAGUUUCUCAACUUUUGCACUGCAUUUUCAGAAAUAAAGUUUCUGUAGAAGCAGA